CAUCCUCUUCCCUCUCAGCGGCCAACCGUCCUGUCCUCCACCUCGCCCACGCCCAGGGGAGGGCCGCUACCGUGCGCUAGCUCCGCUAACAUGACUGUGACUCCUGCUCCUCCUCUUGCCAUCCACUAGCCUUUUCCUUCGAGUCCACCGACCCUUACCGCUCUCUCGAGUCUACGAAAAACUCGAAGAAAACCACCAUGGACUCUCGCCAGCCGCACCCCCUCGCACGACCGCCCGAGCGCACUCUAAUCCACAAUCCAAACCACCAGUCGCCUUCGCAGCCCCCGCACACGCAGCCCUUUCCCGGCUAUGCUCCCGCGACCUCGCAACCGCAGCCGCCCGUCCACGUUCCUUUCACCGCCGACCCAUACCCCACCUCCCGCCGCGAUCCAUUCCUGCCCCCGGCCUCGCAGCAUGUGCGACGAAGCAGCUACGGCGUUCCUGGCGCGGAGGGCACAGCUCAGGGAGACAGACACGGUGCUUGGGGGAACAUAGGUACGCUACGCGGCUGUGGCCCUCAUUCUAGAACCCUCACUGCGGUGCAACACGAGAGCGAUGUUGUCUUGGAUGUGGCAGCAUGUCUAAGACACCUGCACGGCUCACGUGGGCCUGCAAAGGGAUGCGGACGAAGCGAGACAGCUGGAUCUGAGGACUCGGGCCGGCGGGCGUCGCUACCUCACACUCUGUCGCAAACGUGCGGAGAAGUUGACGCAAGAAGCUCAAGAAGGACGGGGAGCGGCUGAUCUCGCCAGGUCUCCGCAAACUCGCGCUGUGGUAGAGCUGCGUUGACGUGAGUAGCGCGCCCGUUGGCCCAGCCAUCCACGACCGGCAUCUCUGUGGCCUUGGCCCGCUCUCGUUCCUGCACGCCUUUCCUCGACCACAUUGCAUCCACAGCGCAGCCGGGUGCAUGGGUGCGUUCGGAUUCGCAUCAUCGCAUUUCUGUCCACCCGCACGGCUGGCACGCUAAGCGACGCUCUAACUGCAUUUGAACUUUACUGACGAUCAACCGCUAGCCAUCGCGCAUGCGUCCCAUCUCC